AUGAGCAGACGAACAACAGCAAUUGCGGCAACAGGAACGACAAGAGUAACAAAAACAACAGCGACAAUAACGGCAGCAACAGGGCCACGCAACAGGAGCACAGUCACUACCAUACUCCGCUUCUUUACCGCAGCCAUUGGAACUACUCAGCAUCUCAAUACUGAGACAAGACUUCACUCUCAAUACCCGCGACUCGACGUUAUUCUUUUGUGA